AUGAAGGUCUCCGCUGCACUCCUCUGUUUGCUGCUCAUAGUAGCCACCCUGAGCACCCAGCUGCUUGCUCAGCCAGAUGCAAUUAAUUCUCCAGUCACCUGUUGCUACAACAAAUUCUGUAACAAGAUUCCUGUGAUGAUGCUGGCAAGCUAUAAAAGGAUCACCAGCAGCAAGUGUCCCAAAGAAGCUGUGAUCUUCACGACCAAACGGAACAAGGAGGUAUGUGCUGACCCCAAGGAGAAGUGGGUCCAGAAUGCCAUCACCACAAUUAACAAGAGAACUCAGACAUCGAUGCCUUACACUACAACCCAAGAAACUACAACUAAUUUAUAAACUACCUUGCCCUAA